GAAUUACAGUGGAAUUAAAGAUACGUAGUCGUGUGAAGGCAGGUAUCUCCCUUGUCUUCCAUAACUUAAAUUUUGAAAACGAUAUUUAUUGGAGAUGCAUUUUGCACCUUUAGAAGAGUGGUUUAUAACUGAAUUUAAAUAAAAAACUUCAAGAUAUGGAACCAUUCCACAUUAGGGAUGCACAGGAAAAGUUUGAGAUACUUGAUAAACGUGAUUCGUAUCUCAGAAGAUUUCCACACAAAUCUAAAUAUGCCCCAGGUGUCAGAGCCACUUGCAUGGACAUGUGCCCCGAAAAGGAACGCUACCUAAGGCAAACUCGCCAACAAGUCAGUCCCUUUGAACUUAAAUGCAUUACCUCCUCGUCCAUUUCUUCCAGCACUCUCUUGCAAAACAAGAAAGACUGGAGAAUUUUAGAUCAUUACAAAGCUAUCAAGGAAUACAGUCGUUCGGCCGCAGACCAAGAUGAGCCACUUCCAAGUGAAUUGAGACCAUUUCCGGUCUUGAGACUCACCAUGGAUUACUUGAUAAGCGAGGUUAUUGGAAAUCCCCGCGUGCUCAUUGACCCCACAAAACACGCGGAUUAUUACAAUUUCAUAUGGAGCCGCACGCGUGCUAUUCGCAAGGAUAUGACUCAACAACAAGACGGAUCCGGCGAAGGGGAGGACGUGUACAUAUUGGAAAGGUGCGCCCGCUGGCACAUAUUCUGCUCGUACUUCUUCUGCCAAGCCGAUCCUAACUCAUUCGACGCCCGACUAAACGAUGAGCACCUGGUUAAAUGUUUGCAGACUCUCAAGCAGUCCUAUUACGAUGUUCGAUGCCGUCUCGCUAAAAUCAAGUCAUCUUUACGCGCGAACCCUGUAACCAAACACGAACCAGAAUUUCAGGCUUAUCUAGUACUCACUAACUUAGACGCUCGCCAAGGGGAUAUAGUGACACAUCUGGCUUCGCUUCCUUUCUCCGUUUACGAAUCUCCCGCUAUGCGUUUCGCCUUCCGCAUCUUUGAAGCCUACGGUAACGGAGAUUAUGUUAGAUUUUUCACUCUUUUGCGCCCGAAAGACUCUUCGCAGAUUCCAGAUUUUAUUACGCUCUGCCUGCUGCAUCGAUAUUUUUAUAGAGUGCGAGCAUCGGCAGUCUCUAAAAUGAUUAACGCCUACCGUGGUUACCCAUCUCUUCAAUACAAUCAUGCCACCAUCAAUAGCGAUAAUUUACGCCUAUUUUCCCUCUCAUGGUUUUCCAGACUCCUGUUUUUCGGAGACAUCGAUCAUGCCAAAGCUUUUCUGGAUACCUUUCCCUUUGCUGGCUCUGACGACAAUUCUCUCCUUAGUUACGACGAUUCACUAGACAACGUAGUUUUGCUGCCACGAACUUGUUAUAAUAACAUACGCGAUGAGCGCCAGACUACCGUCCAAAAUGCCCGGGAAAAUUACCUAGAUUCUUUUAUACUCCCAGAAAAUAAGCUAUCCCUCGUGGCGUAUUUCGUUCAGGGGUCUGACCCUUUUGAUAUCAAGGCCCUCAGAGAAUACGUGCCCACCUUUUCUUUCGACCGAAAGACGGGGGAUUACACUGGCUACCCCCCUUUGGAAGAAUUUUACUAUGGAGCGAAUAUGUCGACGGGAAAUAAUGGAAAAUACGGUUCCAGUCCCGAGCAUUGGAAAGAAAACGAUCCAUUCGAGAGUGACAACGUUUUAUCGUCUCCCAAAUCCAUCAGCGGUGAUUUUCAUACAUUCAAUGCUAAUGGAACCGAAUUGGCUAAAAUACAUAGAUUUGAUGCAGGACAAUCCCUUCUUGAAACCCCUGCAAAGUCGGAUAAGAUGGAAAGAAAUAUGAUUAUCGAAGUUAUAAGUCAAAAUAUAGUAGCUAAAUUGUUAACCCAAAUUCCUCGUUCAGUUUUAUACGAUUAUGCCCGAGCCUUGAUCGACGUUCGAAGAACUUUUUCGAAAGCUUCAAAACUUAUCUGCGCCAAAUUUUUAAAUGGGUUUAUCAGAGAAACCAUCAUCGAAAACCACGGUAUUGUGAUUUCUUCGAUAUCCAAGCAGCCGCACUUGAAGGAAGAAUUAAAAAAUUCUCUCGCGAUACACCUAUAUAGAAGUCUCUUAAUUAACGCCGUUUGCGUCUUAAUUAAUGUCAUUAGCCGAGAUACGCUUAAAUCUUUGCAGGUAGGACCGGAAAAAAUUAGUAGAACGCCUUCCUUAGUCGGAAAAAUAAUUAAAGUAGCGGAUUCUUUAAACCUAAGAAAUCGUAAGAGACUUGGUAGUAAAUUAAGUACCGUUAGUAGCAAUAGUAAUAGUAAUGAUGAUGACACGUUCGAUUUAUUUAAGUCGAAACGAGAGAAAUAUGUUAAGCAACUCUAUUUUAAAAAAUGGGUUGAAAAGCAUAGGCAAAACAAACUCCUAGCUAAUAUACUAGAACGGUUCCCUUCAUCUCCCACACGAGCCGCGCCUAGAAGGAACAUGAUUCUUCCUUCCGUCUAUAUUCCCGUCACCAACUUAAAAAUCGACGAUUAUUAUAACGAAGCAGCCAUCGAUCGUAACGCCCAUGCCGCCACUUUGGCGGAAUGUUCUACGGAUAAAUGUUACGCGGAAGUCGUUAACGACGAUGUCCGUUUAUCACCUACAUUGGAUUCUCGAGACGUUUAUUACAAGAUAACCCUCUUUAUACCCUUUAACGACAUGGCGAUAGAAAUGUAUUGUUCGCGAUACUUAUUUCCUUUUUUCUCGGUUGACGCUCGAGUCUUUUACAUGGAUCGCGAUAAUAAAUAUCCCUUUAAUUACAACGGCUUGAUAUCAUCUAUCGUAACUGAUCAGCGCGGAAUCAAAACUCUUCUGAGAGUAAAUUAUAUCGUAAGCUUUGUCGGUCUGCAUUGCGUUGACAAUGAGGAUAGCAGACCUAUCAUCAAAUCCACCCUUACGCAAACCAACUCUGCCUUCAUCUUUCUGGCUCCCGCCCGAAGACCAUGUCGCGAUCACUUCGAAAUUUUUACCAAAUUUUUUUUAAAAAACGCUAACGAAAAUGUAAAAAAAUCUCACGAGAAUCCUAAAAUUUAUCUUAAAAAUAUUUUAGACUCGAACGCCUUAAUCCUUAUUUUGGACGACCUUGAUCACCGUCUUGUUAAUGGAAAAUCGAAGGUAACCGACAAUUCGAAUUACGAUUUUAUAGAAAAAGCCAGUAAUUUUGAUAACUUGAUAAAAAAUUGCUUGGUUAACGUUAUCAAAUCAUCUAGCGUACGAGCCGAUUUAAAUCAUUAUUCAAUAAUCAGAUCAUUAGACCCCGGUCUUCAAAACCUAAAGAUCGGUUUGAUCCAAUCUUUUAGGAAAUGUCUCAACACUCAAUUGGACGAUGAUCUCGGUCUUCGUAUCAGCAAAAAAUUGAGGGCGGAUAAUUUGAUAGAAUAUAUUUACGAUAAAAUUUCUAGAACACCAUUUAAGGAACUGAUAUCCAUUUGCGACGAAUACAAUUUUAUAUCUAACAACGAUCUUUGUGGACCUCAAGAUAAACCAACAUAUGCUUGGCACCCCUCCGACUUUAUAUCCUAUUUUAACGCUUCAUUAUUGCCGUCCCUAACUAACAUAAUCGAGACGUUAGUCAUAAGUCCCGAUAUCAAAGCGUUUCAAUGGCCCCCUUUAGACUUUAAACAUCAUCCUAGAUUCUCAUCCCACUCGAUUAUUAAUAUAGAAACUUUUAAUAAUCAAGCUAACCUCGCUAUCAGAAAUAUAAUUCGCGAAUUUACUCUUCCGACCAUAACCGAUUACCUUAUGACAUCUAGUGCGAGAAAUUUCAACGAAUUCGCGAAUAACGUAAAAAAUUAUACGUCUGAAAUCCUAUCGGGUGACGUAAUUCGAACAGUGCUGGAGACGCAUAAUGGAGAAUUCCCAAGGGAAUGGCAUCACGUAUUCUUCUCCAUUUUCGAAGGCGUUAUAUUGAAAAUGAAACGACGAAUACAGACCGAGGAACUCGCAUUUUACGCAGCCUUCGAUUUGGACCACGGACUGGACCACGAAAUUAAUAUACCCCCCUUUCCGCUUCCUCGCAAACAAGUCCGCAUUUACCAAGACUAUUACGGGGAUGCUAGGGGAAAAUCGCCAUCCUUAGGUUUCUUACCCGCCCACAAAAGUUAUAAUUAUGGUUCGAAGAAAAGAAUAAAAGUAUUAAAUCAUGACUCCAAAAAAUGUCCAAAUAAAAAAAUGCCCAAAAAGUCUUUACGACCAUUUUUUAAUAAUUUGAACGAACGAUUAUACUCUCUUAAUUUUGAAUUUUUAAAUUAUCAAUUAGACGUUUUACCCAAUUCCUCAACAAAAUUAUGA